GUUUCCCUCCCCUUAGUAAAACUUGUCCCACACGCCCGAGCAUGUAGGGAGGAUACAUAUACGACCUCAACUGACGGUAUCCUACAGCUCUAGUGGGGUCAAUUAAAUCCUGCAUAAGCGCUGCUGACAUGAGAAACAGAUCCAAUCUCACUCACCCCUCACCAUUCUUUUCUAUCCCUUCCUCCCUCUCUCCAAUUCCUUCAAACCCUCGAACCCUCAAACCAUCAAACCCUCCAACACCACCAAUCUACCCAAAAUGCGCAUCCUCUGCCUCCACGGCCGAGGCACCAGCGCCCAAAUCUUCAAAUCCCAAACCACCUCCUUCCGCACCCGCCUCGAAGACCUCCCCAUAACCUUCGACUUCAUCGACGCCCCCUACCCCACAACACCCGCCUCAGGGAUCGACCUGUUCUACGACCCCCCCUACUACACCUUCUGGCCCGACGACUCCCCGACCUCUCUCCAACAAGCCCGAACUUGGCUCCUAAACUACACCGCCCAAAACGGCCCCUACGAUGCCGUCCUAGGCUUCUCCCAAGGCUGCACCCUAGCAGCCCUAACCCUCCUCCUCCACGCGCACGAAUCCCCACACACGCCCCCACCUUUCAAAGCAGCCAUCUUCAUCUGCGGCGGUGCCCCACUGCCCCUCCUCGAGGAACUGGGGUAUACUAUCACCCCAGAAAUGAAAUCCCUGGAUACGGAGUCUAGAAAGAAAUUAUCGAUUCAGGCUGAUUCGGCUUCUAUUCUGGCUAAGGGGGCAGAGAGGUGGAGCGGUGGUGGGGAUGGUGGGGAGGGGAUUAAUGAAGAGGGGAUUCGGGGGGAGAUUGAGCGGUGCGGAAUUGGGAAGGUGAAGAUCGGGGUUCCGACCGUGCAUGUUUAUGGACGGAAGGAUCCGAGGUUUUCGGCUGGAGUGCAGUUGUCGGGAGUUUGUGAGGGGGAUAUUAGGAGGUGUUUUGAUCAUGGGGGUGGACAUGAUAUUCCCAGGUCAUCGGGGGUUAGUGAGAGGCUGGCGGAGUUGGUGAGGUGGGUUUUGAAGGAGGGGGGUGUGGUUUAGGUUUAUUUUUGGGGUUUGGGGUUGUGGAUAGAUGGUUAGAUAUUAAACUAUACAUGGGGCUUCCAGAGCAAUAUGGUCUGCUAUGGUAGAUGUGCAGAUUUUGUAGAACGUAGUGGUCGGUUGAGGAGGUAUGUAUAGUUUUGUCGGGGGUGAGCGCUUGGAGAAUCUCUCGUGUGGCAUGUCGUGUGCGUUACUGGCGAGUAAUAUGUUUCAGA